CAGAGCAGUACGAGUCCGUAGGUUGAAUGCGGCGCGCGCGAGUUUCGCGCCCGAGCUGCUGCUACACCGCUUCUGACUGCUGUACUUUGAGUCUCGAGAAGCCGAGAAACCGAGCCGAUCCUACCUUAUACGCAAGCGCGCAUGUUUAGAAAAGUCUCGUUUCUGACGGCGAUAUUAUAAAUAUUUACGCGUACGUCGUUCUGCAUGUCACAUGCUGAUCGUGUACACAACUGUUUUCUUGUGCGAACAAUGCUGCGUAAAGUCACUGCUAGGCAUUUGACUCGCGAGUUUUUCUGUUCUGUGCCUCGAGUUUCUGUGCGCACUUGAUCUUUCUGUGUUGAAAAUAUCAAGUAUUGCGAGUGUCUGUGAGUGUGUAAAAUUCACAGCCGAGGAAGGUCUGUUCACUUAUGAAGGUGUGCACGACGACCAAAACAUCAGCAGAAUUCACCGAUCCAGCGCGACUGUCUCUUUGCUCCGAUUUUACAAGCUGGUCUCGCUGAUCAUCAUGGCUAAGUGCAUCAAAAGUUAGCGGAAAACACUUUCAAAAAUUUGCCCCAAAGUAAAGAAAGAAAAAAGAAAGAAAAAGAUUAACAACAGGCUGCUCAGACGUGUAUGGAAAUGGGUCAAACUUGGUGCAAAGAAAAAUCUGUCAAGGCUCAAGAUUCGAAAUCACCACUCGAUCGAGUUUUCGUUCGAUGCGCCCACAGAAUAUACCCCAGCCUCAAGGAAGAAGGUUCGGUUCUCGGAGCAACUCAGAGGGUUUCCAGCUCGGAGAUGGAUUAUUCAAGCUCGCCGCCACAUUCCUCUUUCCUUCUGAGAGGUCACAGCAUCGACUCGGUCGACAGGCCCUUCCAUCCGAGCGAGUGGGUGGACGUGAAUCUCGAGGUUCCGUGCGAGCCCAGAUCCAGCGUCAUUCUGAAGGUGCACAGCGCCAAGCAGCAGCGUAGCGCCUGCUACGACUUUAACAAGUCCAAUGGGUUGAACGGCAGCAGUAAUGGAACGUAUACGAGCAUUAUAUCGGACGGCGCGCCGGUUCCACCGCCUCGUAGAAGACGUCACAGGGAUCGUCGUCCGUUGCCACCGAAACCGGACGAGGAGCCCGAGCCACUUUAUAGUCAGCUGACCGACAGGAGCAGAUCGAGCGGCGAUGGUACAAGCGGCCUGCAGAACUCUACAUUGGCUAACGAAUCCGACGAAGAGUUCGUAGCGCUGGAGAGGGAGCUGAAUGAAAAUGCCACAGCGUCGGAAGCGUCGAUUUUGGAAAAGAUGUUGCGCAACGAGCAGCGUUCAAAAUCAACUAGUCGUAGCUUUACAGCAACUAGCUUACCCAACGUGACUGAUUUAUCACUCGAGCAGUAUGAGCAGCAGCAACAGCAAGAGCAACCACAUAAGCAGCAGCAGCAGCAGGAGAACGACGAGGAGGCGGUGGCGGCCAAACGACCUCCGAGACACGUCAAAACGAGCUCGUUGCCGCGCGACGUGUCUCUCGGUCCGCAAAAGGCCCCCGAGAGGCUAUUCUUCGCUCGAACGACACCGGGCUUAGUCGCUGCUCCGACUGUUCCGCCAGCCGAGCGAGAGGACGAGGAAAACGGAGAUAGAAAAAAGAGCAAGACGUCUGAUCUCGAGCAAUCCAGCGUGGAUAAAGCAGAUUUGAGCAUCGAUUCGGCCAACGUCGAUUCUUUUUUGGAAUUUUACAACGAGCCAGAAACCUCAACACCUGUCGACUCGCCGAGAAAACGUGGGCCGACUGAUACUCACGACUUAUCGAUGGUCCAAGAUGUGCCCGUCAAAUCUGAGCGCAGUCUCGACGCCGAUUUUGGCAGCGAGGAAAAUAGAUCACAAAAGUCGUUGCUUACCGAAAAGUUACCUCUAGAGGUCGAACGACCGUCCCAAGAUGCAGGUUACGCAUCGAAGAGCGAAAGCCGCGUGCUCGUCGACACCUCGGACGAGCCUACGAAGCACACUGAUAUACCUCAAGAUAUAGUCGGUGUAGAGACACCACAUAAAAUAGAAUCAUCGCUUCUGAGCGAAUGUCCUUCGGGGAUUCAACGAACUAUAUCCGAAGAAUCGUUACCUCAAGCAAUGCUCAAAGUCGACGGGGACGAAAUCGAGCAAUUGGAAAUUCCGGAACAAGUCAGAAGCAAGAGCGAAGUUUCAUUAAGCGCUGCCGAGGAAAAGUGCCAGAACAAUGUCGAACACUCAAUAACCGAAAAGCAAAAUUUCGAAGACUUUUUUUCAAAGCUGCCUGAUAAGAAUCAGAGAGAAAUUUACGAAAAUAAGGUCGAGCGUGUGGACGAUUUGCAUGCAACGAUUGAAGCCAAGUACGAUGAAAAAAACAGCCAAGAAAUCCUAAAGAAAUUUGCGGAAGCUUCGUCAGCGAAUGGAAAGACCGAAGGAAAGGACGACGACGAAAGGGAGGAUGAGAUGGACGAUGACAAGUGUCUGGAUCAACUGGAAGCUGCUCUCGACCAGCAGGAAAAGAAACAUAGGGCGAGAAUUGAUGCCCAAAAUUCUAUGACCGAGCAGCAACUUUGGAACAAGCCCCUACAUGAGCUUUACGCCAACGAUAUCGUCAAUACAGUCGAGUCUAUAAUCAAGAACAACAAGGCAUCGAUAAUAGCAGACGAGGCGCCGGAGAAGCCAAGCCGUCUUCAACGCAUAAGUUUGAUAGAGGAGCCAUCAGCUCUGAUCGUGCCAACUCCACCGCGAAGACGUCACCGUACGAAGUCGUCCAAUCUAAACUCCAGCAACAACGACAACUCCGACGCGUCGCAGAAUGAACAACUACUCUGCAUCACGUUCACUAAUAAUGAGGAUCGAUUAAUUUAAACAUUUAAAAACUGAACUGUUUUAUUCCUGCUGACAAUUUUCUUACGUUUCAAUUUUUACUCUUCCCGACAUGUUAUCCAACAUAUCGAGAGAUCAUUAAUUGCAGUUUUGUAAAUAUAUGCAAGUAAGCCGCGUAAAACGCGUGAAAGUGCCUCAUUCGUUGUAUUAUUCGUAUAAAAAAAUUAAUUUUAUGUUCUAGCGCGUUGUGAUAAUAACCUUUUAAUCGUAACUACCUUUCAAUAAAGGUUGUACAGAUUUUAUUGUUCAUGUAAUGUAGGGCAGUGGUUUUUUUAGCAGUGGUGAUUGUCAAACGAUCAUGGUUACACGCGAAUAAAGUCCCUAUAUAAAUUUAUGUAUUCUUUUGUGCUUAUGUUUGAUGUAAUCGAUAUAAAUUAAAAGUAUUUACUGUUAAUACAAAAUCAAAACGAUAAACUCAUUAAUAUUUAUUCAAAAUUUGCUGCAACGCUAAUAAUGCGUGAGCUUUUUAUUGUAAAUAGACUCGAAAAAAUCUGUAAUCUUUGUUAUUAUUGUAAAAUAGUUGCUAAUAAGUAUUAAUGUAUCGCAAUGUUUCCCUAAGCCCGUGUAAGUCAAUCUUUUACUGAUGUAGAAAAUUGCAUUUGGACUUACAAUGUCACGCAUACAACGCUUGAAUAUCUCUUCAAAGUUUGUGUACUUAAGUAAAUAAAAUAUGUAUACAUUUAUUUCGUGAAAAUAAUGAUAA